AUGGACUAUGGCGUCCCACCUCUCGUCAAACAUGCAUCGCCCGAGCUUCAGGAGAGAGUACUCCCAGACUUGUUGACGGGCAAGGCGAGGUGUUGUCUUGCCAUUACAGAGCCUGAUGCCGGAAGUGAUGUAGCCAAUAUCACGACCGUUGCCGAGAAGUCAGCAGAUGCAAAGGAAUAUAUCAUCAAUAGAACUAAGAAAUGGAUCACAAACGGUAUCUGGGUUGAGCACAGCACCAUGGCAGUCCGUACCGGCCCUCCCGGCUCCGACGCAGCAGGUCUCUCCCUGCUUGUCGUCCCAUUAAACUACCCCAGCGUCUCAAUGCGCCCCAUCAAAGUCUGCGGAAACUAA